AUGCCCCUGCAGAGGCCUGGCCGUCUGAGGCUGCACCCUGCCUGGAGGGCCAUGCAGCCCCGGCUGGGCGUAGGCCUGGGUCUGGGCCUGGACCUCACCUUCCUGCUGUGGAUACUGAGCCUAGCACAGCAGGCCCUGGUCACGGCCUCUCAGAAACUGGACGAAACGGACCCUGUGGUCACCACCGUCUACGGCAAACUGAGGGGCGUCAAGAAGGAGCUCAACAACGAGAUCCUGGGACCCGUCAUUCAGUUCCUGGGGGUACCUUAUGCCGCACCCCCCACGGGCGAGAGGCGCUUCCAGCCCCCGGAGCCGCCCAUCUCGUGGCCGGAGGUCCGCAACGCCACUCAGUUUGGCCCGGUCUGCCCCCAGACCAUCGUGGAGGGGCGCCUGCCGGACGUCAUGCUGCCUGUGUGGUUCACUAACAACCUGGAGAUAGUGUCUUCUUACGUACAGGACCAGAGCGAGGACUGCCUUUUCUUAAACAUUUAUGUCCCCACUGAGGAUGGUGAGUUAACAGCAGGACCAACAGGAAAAACAGACCUAAACCAACAACCCCUUUUUAAAUAUAUUCAUAUUUGUUUUGUGCUGACAAGAGUGUGAAAAGCAUGACCUCUGCAUGUUUACGUGCAUGACACUGCUUUUGUGUGUGUGAGUAUAUAUGUGUGUGUGUGCCUCUGUGUGUGUGUGUGUGUGUGUGUGUGUGUGUGUGUGUGUGUGUGUGUGUGUGUGUGUGUGUGUGUGUGUGUGUGUGUGUGUGUGUGUGUGUGUGUGUGAAUCUGUGUGUGAGUGUCUGUGUGUGUGUGUCUGUCUGUGUGUGAGUGUGCGGCUGUUCAUCAGUCUCCUGAUCCCUUCCUCACACACAUCCUCCUGUCCACCACAGCACGUCCAUUCAGGUGAGACUGGUUCCUCCUUUCCCCUCCUCCUACUGCUCCUCCUCCUCCUCCUCACUCCUCACUCCUCACUCCUCACUCCUCACUCCUCACUCCUCACUCCUGACUGACAGCGGCUCAUCAUCUGUCCAUUGUGUGUAGGCACAAUUAAUAGGGCCCAUCAAGGAGGAAGCUCAUGUAAAUAAUGAUUAUUGAUUGAUUUACUGAUUGAUUAAUGAACUAAGCCAGUAAGAGCAACCCACUGGGCACAGACGUCAAUUCAACAUCUAUUCCACAUUGGUUCAACGUAAUUUCAUUGAAAUGACGUGGAAACAACGUUGAUUCAACCAGUGGUGUGCCCAGUGGGCACUCUCUUUGCUACCUCAUUCUCUCCUUCCUCAGCAGUCAGAUAGUGGUGUUGCAUGCUCCAACUGUCCUUAAUGGAGCUCCAUGUUAUUUUUUAGUCUUCUAUUCAUUUUACAGUAAAAAGAAUAUCCAAGGAAUGUGCCAGGAAACCGGGCAAGAAAAUAUGUAGACAAGGAGGUAUGUAUGCACUGGAAUAA